AUGUCGGAGGGGGCAAACAAGUGCAAGGCGGACAAGAUCGCCCCUGGUGGUGAAGAAGGCGAAGUGCUUCUCGUUGACUUGGCUGCCGAAGAAGAGGCGGAAAAGUUUGAGCCGUUCGAUGGAGUGCAAGCGGCCUCGAGUUGGAUGAAGCGACCCCUACGUCAAGCAGAACUCGAGCAGAUUGAGGCUCGAGGGAUGUUGGAAGGUGCUCUCCAAACGUUGGAGUCGUUGGAGGCCGUGGAGCAAUCGUUGCGUGAACGCCGCGAAGGAGAAGCGGCGCGGAAGGUUGACGAGGUGGAGCGGGCUGCCCAAGAGAAGCAGCGUCGAUUGCACGAAGUUAAAGCAGCAGCGCUGGCGCAAAGUGCAGAACUACCUGGUGCUGGGACGACGACGUGGAAGUUGGAAGUGCCCGCGACGAUGGUGCCGCGGGAACACGUUUGGACGUUGGAGGAUCUCGACUUCGCGCGAGUUCGGAUGGACGAAGUUCCAUUCGUGGACGCAUUGGACGAAGAGUUCGAGAUGGGCGGAGUUGGCGAAGCAACGUUCGAAUACGUAUGCGACGCCGCAAGCGGCGUCAAUGUCGUCGACGAAGCCGACGAAGCCGGCAUGCCAGCGCGGGUGUUCGAAGCCAACGCGUGUUUGGCCGAGUUUGGACGAACCCAUGACGACUUCGAGCGCCACGUCGUGUGGAUGCUGAACGCCGUGGCCACGAUGACAAUGGUGGCCGCUGAUGGACGCGCUUCAAAGAUCGCAUGCGCGAAGGCGAUCCGGUACAUUACCGUGUUCGUGUACUCGUUGCUGCGACCAAACGCGGGUCGGCAAAAGAAUCGGCGUGUAGGAUGGCCGACGAAUGUGGGGGCCUUGGCCGGGUCUUUGGCUAAUUUUGCCUUGACCCGUCGAUCGAUUUACGGGCGACUAUCCGCCGAGCUUGUCGCGCAGAUCGCUGUUCGCGCAGGAACGCGGCGUGAACGCGAGAGUGCAGUGUCAACGACGACGGGGGUUGCGCCGUCGAUUUCGCGAGCAGGGGUGCUGGGAGCAUCUCCCCUACCAACGGGAAGGACGCGGAAUCCCCCCGAGGAUCCGCGGCUGGCUGGGCAGCAAGAGUCGGGGCGGUCGAUGGCGCUGGAUCGCGACCGUGGGUAUGGGGGAAUGAAGGCGGAACCUGCUGCAGCGGCACCGGUGCAAGGUCAACGUUCAAUUCUGCCGGCGUUUUGGACGGAGCACGCCCGCCUGAGGGGGGAGGCGAUGGAGUGGAGGGAAAACGUGGAAGAGCGUCAGGUGCCAGCGCACAUCGUGGCACAGUCGCCUCCGGCCGAAGAGCAGCGUCCAGCGGAAGAAGACGACCAAGAAGAGGGGUAG